AUGAGCGGAAGAAAAUUACCUGCUGCAAUGCCAUCAAGGCGUCGCAUGGCUCAAAAUUAUCUGGUCAUUUGGGUCGAUGGCAACAUCGACGAAAACAAUGACGAUUACGGAAGCACACUGGCACAACUACGCACAGUGGUCAGUGAUGUGAACGUGUGCACGACACCAGAGCAGUGUGUCGAAUUUCUCGAUGAGAUUGAUGAUGGCAAAGCCUUCAUAAUUUCAUCGGGACCAUUAGGACAAAUCCUUGUAAAUGACAUUCACGGCAUACCAAAAGUGGAUGCCAUUUACAUUUUGUCACCUCAAUCAAAUCAAUAUGCGAAUCAUUGA